AUGACCCAAGUUACGCCUGCAAUGUUGAGUGCUCGCGCUUCAUCCCUCUCUUUGCGCCAACAAGCGAUGUCGUCGUCGGCUAUCCUCAACAAUAACAAUGCGCCUGCGCCUACAUCGGUCGAGAACAAGGAAAGCUCCAAGAGCUUCAUCCUGUCUGAUAUGAAGGGCCGCGACACAAGAGACAACCGCGCCUGCGCAUCUUGUAUCUCCAAGCUUGCGCCUGGGGAGGUUGGUCAAGUCAAUUGGCACCUGGAGACCGGUCAGGCUUGUCGCCUGUGCCAGGUUGAGAAGCUUGAGCCCGAGGCUUUCACCAAGCCUUUCUGCGACUUCCUCCAAGAAAACCCUACCAUUUUCCACACCGUCGAUUACUUUGAGAAGAAGCUCAAGGCGCUUGGUUACGAGCAUCUCUCUCCGCGCGAUAGCUGGGCGGGCAAGAUUCAGCCAGGUGGAAAGUAUUGGGUUACACGAAACGGCAGCUCUCUCAUUGCUUUCAAGGUUGGCAAGGCGUACAAGCCCGGCAAUGGUGUCGCUAUGAUUGGCGGUCACAUUGACGCUCUCACCGCCAAACUCAAGCCUGUCAGCACAAAGCCCGUCAAGGCUGGGUUUGUUCAGCUGGGCGUUGCGCCCUACGCUGGAGCCCUCAAUGCCACAUGGUGGGAUCGCGAUCUCAGCAUUGGUGGCAGAGUUGUUGUCCGGGAUGAGGAGUCUGGAAAGACUACUACCAAGCUUGUCAAGCUGGACUGGCCUAUCGCCAGAAUUCCCACCCUUGCACCCCAUUUUGGAGUUGGCAUGAUGGGAGAGAACAACAAGGAGACUCAGGCUGUUCCUAUCAUUGGUCUUGAGAGUUCUCAGCGUGCUGCCACCAAAGUUUUGGGGCCCGUCGGUUCUUUCGUCAACACCCAACCCCCAAGACUGGUCGAACUUAUUGCCAACGAGCUCAAGAUUCAAUCCUACAGUUCAAUCAUUAACUGGGAGCUUGAACUUUAUGACUCUCAGCCUGCUCAGACUGGUGGUAUGGACCGGGAGUUCAUCUUUGCUGGUCGUAUUGACGACAAGCUCUGUUCAUGGUCAGCCCUCACAGCCCUCCUUGCCUCCAACGAGAACAGUGAUGACGGUGUUAUUAAGCUUGUUGCCCUCUUUGACGAUGAAGAAAUUGGUUCUCUUCUUCGCCAGGGUGCCCGGGGUAACUUCCUCCCCUCUGUCGUCGAGCGCACCGUUGAAGCUCUCAACCCCGACACUUAUGGGCCAGAACUUAUUGGAAGAACAUUCUCUUCCUCAUUUUUGUCCUCGGCAGAUGUAUCUCACGCUGGUUCUCCAAAUUUCCUCGAGAAAUACCUCUCAGAACAUGUUCCUGAGCUCAAUGUUGGUGUUGUGAUCGCGGCCGAUUCCAACGGCCACAUGACCACGGACAGCAUCUCGACCGCAAUCAUGCAGCGUGCAGGCGAACUAGGUGACUGCCGAACUCAAACCUUCCAGAUUCGAAACGACAGUCGCAGUGGUGGUACCAUUGGACCUGCUCUGUCGAGUAUGAUGGGUGUCCGAUCCGCCGACGUUGGACUUCCCCAGCUCAGCAUGCACUCUAUCCGCGCGACUACCGGCUCACUCGACCCUGGUCUGGGAGUCAAGUUCUUCAAGAGCUUCCUUGACAAUUGGGAGAAGAUUGAUGCGGAGUGGCACUAG